AUGAAUUAAAGUUUUCCUAAAAUCAGUAACAAUGAUGUUAAUAAAAGUCUAUUAACGAUUUUUUAAAAGAUUAAGAAUAAAAGAUAUAUUCGCUCAGCAUUUAUUCUUAAUGAUUUAAAACCAAUUAUGGAGAAAUUGGAUAAUGAAGAAAAGCAAAUAAUAAUUGAAUACAUGUAGAAAGAAUUUAAAGAUGAGGAAUUUCUUAAGCAUAGUGGAUAUGUGGAACAACCAAAUUACAAAUAAUUAUAUUAGAAGGCAAGAAAUGAGAAAGAUAAAUAACUUAUAUUUUAACAGCUAAGAAAUCCUUAGUUUAAUAUAGAUAAUGAAAUUCAUGAUUUAAUUUAUUAAAAUGAAAAAAUAGUUUGCAGAUUAGAAGAAAAUAUUUUUGAUUUAUUAGAUCUAAAUGAAUUUAGAUUAGGCAAUAUAUUCAUAACAUAAAUUGAAUUAUUGAAAAUUUUGAUUUCUUUUUUCUUCCUCCCAAUUAUGCAAGACAAACCUAAUCUUUUAGAAUAGAUUAUAGGUUCAUAAUUAAUACCUCAAAUAUAUCAAUUCUAAUAUUAUUUAGAAAUAAAACAAAAUGCUAAUUAGAUUUCUUUUGAUAAACUAGUUUAGAUUAUAUAACAUAGACAACUAUAAUUAAUAUCCAAAGAAGAAUUUGAAAAUACUAUAUUAAAAAUGAAGGAUUAUAAUUUCUUUUUGAUUAUCAACUCUCUUAUUGAAAAUCAUUAAGUGUUUCGAGAAAUUUUAGUAUAGAAAUUUUGUUAAUUGUUGAACUGCACAAAAUAAUAAUUGAAAGUUGAAUCAAUAUUAUCUCAUCUCUUAAAUAUUGAAAAUAUUAAUGAAGAGAUUGAGGAGUUAUAUUUUUGUAUAAUAUUUUAUUUUUGGAUGAAAUAUCUUAUUAAAUAUGAUAUAGAACAAGGAUUUUCUGACCUUUAAUAGAUUAACAUUAUGGCAGAGGAUACUAUAGAAACUAAAGAAUAAGCAAUGUAAAGCAUAAUUUAAGAAUAAAUUAAAUCAAAUUAAGAUUAAAUAUUACUACAUUUUGUUUAUAUAAUCUUUUAUUUUUCAAAAGAACUCAGUCUAAUUAAUAUCUAAGAAUACUAAAGAUAUAAAUAAGAAAGAAUAAAAUUAUAAGAAAAAAUUGGUUAAAAUUGUUCUGAAUUAUCACUUUAAGUUUGGAAAGAUACUACUUAACUAUAAUAUUGUUAAUUAAACAAAAUUUAAGGGUAGGGGGAGUUAAUCAAAUUUUUUUGGAUUACUUAACUUAAUUCUGAAAUAUUCAUGAUUAUUAAUAAUUUAUUAAUAGAAUAGUAAUCCCUUAAUUUAUUUGAAAUAGCUAUCUUAUUAGAAAAUAAAUUAAAAGAAACUAAAUUAAAUAAUACAUAUUUGAUUAUUUCAAAUAUUUUAAUGCUAUUACCAAACAAUUUAUCAAAUGUUGAUAAGACAUAAAAGAUUCUAUUAAUAUAAUUAUAUUUAAAAUAUAAUACUUUUAAUGGAUAAGUCUAGGAUUUAAUUAAAGAAAUAUUCUUUUAAAAAAACAAUACAAAUGUAAAAGAUAAUAAAUUUAUCUAACUUUGUUAACGUUUUUAUGAAUUAGAUGAACAAUAAUAUGAAAUUUGGUUAGAAAGUGUUUAGUAUUAUUAAAUUUUUCAAAUAACACCUAAAUGUUUAAAACAUAUAAAAUACCAUAAAUAAUUUCCAACAAAUUAAAAAAUAGCAAUAGAGCAAUUCAGUUUUUAGGUUCCAGAAGAAAAUAAUUAAUAAUUAAAAUAAGCUAUAAGUAAUUGGGUUAAAUGUAUGAGUGAUAAUAUAAUAUAUGAUCUAUUUCCUUUUUUUAUAGAUAUAUUAAAAAGAGGUGAAUCAAUAAAUCUUUUAGUAAAGCUCAUUAAUGAAGAAAUAUUUAAUCAUUAAUCUAAAUCUGAAUAUUUCAAUAGUAAAUCCCUAUUUUAAAUUUUUUAUAAUAAUUCUAAUUAAGAAUUAAAAUUUUUGUUGCUUAAAUAUCGCUCUAAUUAAUAUCCUAUUCCUUUAAUUUAUUAAACUUCCUUCUUUAAUGAAAUUUAAAGAUUGGAAAAUUUAUAUGAAAUAAAUGAUAAAAUAUAUUAUUUGAUGUAGAAAAGUGUUAAUAUAAUUAAUUUGUCUUUAAGUAAAAUUUAAAGUAAAAUUGGUAAAACUGAAUUGAUUAAUAACAUUUUCUAUAAAAUGUAAAAAUUCGAAAUUGGUGAUAAUUGUUAAAUUAAUGAAAGCACAAUAGAUGUGAUGUUUGAUUUUGAAUUUAAUGGUACAAGAAAGUUUAUGAUUGCAGAUACACAUGGAUAUAUUCCAUAAGAAAUAUUAAUAAAAAUAUUACCACUAUUUUAGAUCUGUAUUAUUCAAAUAGAUUCAGAAAAAGAAUUAUAAGAAAACAUUGAUUCUAUUAAAUCUCUACAAAUUUAUAAUUCCAUGAAUAUUUAUCUUCUAAUUAGAAAUUCAAGAAAAAGUAAAAUACCAGAAUAAUUAGAAAAAGAAUUAACAUAAUUAAAAAUAAAUUAUUUUUAAGUUUCUGAUCUAUCAUAGAGAGGAAUAGAUAAAUAAGUUCAAUUAACAGAAAUUGAAAGUGUUUCAAAAUUUUUAUUGAAUAAUAUUUGUGAAAAUCAAUAUUCAUUAAAGAAGUCUAAAUAAUUGUUUUUGAAUAUUUUAUAGGAUUUUAAUAAAAAAUCUAUAGAAUAUUCUGAAAUUAUAAUCUAAAAUAAAACAAUUUUUGAAUAAAUGAAGACAGAAUUAUCAAAAGUAAUAGAUUUAAAUGAUGGAUUUUAUAAUGAAUUAGCUUUUCCAUUACGUCAUAGUGAUUAUCAAAACAAAAUCUUACACUAAAAAAUUAUAGAAUAUUCAUUAUAAUCAGUUUAGGAAUAAACAACAAUUGAAAAGUUGAGAGAGGCUAUUGAAGAAAACUUAAUGUUUAAAAAGUUUAGAGUUCCAUCACCAUUAUUAAAUUUAUUUCAAAAAAUUUUAUAGUAAGAUCAUGUCUAGUAUUUAUGGUUUCUUGAAAAAUUAAGGUAAUUUAAUGAGAAAAAUACAUAAAAAUUAAAUGAAAAGAUUUAAAAUUUAAUUCAAAAAAGAUCAUCAUCUUUUACUAGUAAUAGUUAAAUUAAUUUUAAGACUUAAUCCUAAGAUUUAAAUUAAUAAUUACAUGAUGCGGCAAAUUAAAUAACACAAAUUGAAAAUGAGUUAAAAUUUAAGAAAAUUGGCAUAGAAAUAUUUUGGAGAGAAUUAAUUUAAUUUGAAUGUUUAGGAAAAUAAUUAUCUAUAAAUCCUAUUGAUGCACUUUGUUAAAUUAUUAGAAAAGGUGAACCUUUUGAACUUUUAGAUGGAGAUUCUUAAACUAUUGAUAAAUAAUUUUUACAAAAAUUAAUAUAAUAACUCAAAUAAGAUGAAAAUCAAAAAGUUUUAGUAUUAAGUGUUUUAGGACCUUAAAGUUCAGGUAAAUCUACUUUAUGGAAUAAAAUAUUUGGAUGUCAUUUUUGGACAAGUGUUGGUAGAUGCACAAGAGGAAUUAAUAUUCAAUUAAUAAAAGUGAGAGAUAAAUCUAUUUUUGGAAGUUUGUUUGAUCAAAUUCUGCUUUUAGACACUGAAGGUCUUUAAAGUCCAAAUUAAACAGAUAUUGAAUUUGAUUAAAAAAUGUCUUUAUUUAUACUAGCUAUCAGUGAUAUCAUCUUGCUAACUGUUAAAGGGGAUAUUCAUUUAUAAUUUCAUAAUCUUAUUGAAAUUUGUAUAUAUCAAUAUGGCUAAUUAAUAUAAAAUAUUGCAGGAGUUAAAUAAAUUGUUUGGUGUUUUAAUUAAAAUAAUGAUGUUUAAAAGAAAGGGCCUUUUUUUGAAUAAAUAUAAUAGCUGGCUAUGAGAGUGGAAAAAAGAAAUUAUCAAUCAAAUCCAUUUGAUUUUGAGAUCCAAGAAUAAUAAAAUUAAUAAAUUGAUUAUGCAAAUAUAAUUGAUAUUGAUACAAAACAUAUCUGGGUUUUGGGAUUUGCUUAAAUUCAGAAUAUUUGGGAUUUUCAAAACUGGACAUAAUAAAGUAUUAAUGAAACUUUUUCUAAAACUGCUUAUUAAAAUGGAAUUUUAAUGAUAAAAAACUAUAUGGAAAAAUUUGAACUUUAGAAUGAUAUUAAUUAACUUUAAACUUUAUCUUAGUUUUUAUUAUCAGUUGAUGAAACAUGGAAAAAUAUUGAAAAAUUACCUGAUUAUUUGGAGUUUUCAGAAUUACUAUAAUAUUAUUAAAACAAAUAAAUGAAAAUUGAAUAUUAAAAUAUGUUAGAAAGAAGAAGUAGAGAUUUCGAAUUCAAAAAUCUGAUAAGAGCUUAAAUUAAUGAAGCUGCUUUAAAAAAUAAAACAUCUUAAGAAUUUUUUAUUAAUUUAGAGGAUGAAAAAAUGAUUGAUAUUAAUAUAAGAUUAAAUGAGAUUUAAGAAUAAAUAAGUUAAGAACUUUAAGAAUUUAAAUAAAGCUAAAAAAUUUCUAAAAAGAUUUAUUUAAAAUAUUCAGAAUAAUUAGAGAGAUAAAUUAACAAUGAAAGAUUAGCAUGUAAACUUAUAAUUACUGAAGCUAUCAUUUAACAAAAAAUUUUAUAUAAUAAAGAUUAGAGUUUAUAAAAUUUAGGAAAGAGUAUUAGAACUUUAAUUGACUAUUCACAAAAUAAACAACUAGAUGAAUAGCAAAUCUUGGAAUAAUUUGAAGAAAAGUGGGAUAAUAUUGUAAAAUAAUUUUCUUAGACUUUAGAUAUAUAAUUUGAUAAGUUUUAGAUGUUGUAAUAUGAAAUAAUGAAAGGACAAUAUAAUGAAUUUAUUUUAAGAUCAACAAAAGAAUUUGAAUAUAUAAAUUUAUUAAGAAAUAAAAUAAAUAAAACUGAACCCUCCUAAUCUAAAGAGGAAAAAAAGUUAAUAUUUAAGUUAUAUUUUGAAGAAUUAAAAGAAAACUAAUUUAGACCUAUUGUUCAAACAGAUUAAAAGUUUAUUAAUAUAUAUGAUAAACCAAUCAAAUAAAAAAUUGAAGAAUUUGAAGGAUCAAAUUAUAUCAAUUUUCUAAACUUUUAUAUUUGUUAAAUGUAAAUUGAAUUUGUAAGAAAAGAAAAUCUUGAAGAUUAUUUAUAAAAUUAAAUUAUUAAAGAUUUUAGAGAAUUUUAAAUUGAAAAUUAGUAAAAUUAAUAUAAUUUAAAUUUCUUUUCAUAUUUUUUUGAUUAAUUUUAAUUAAAAAUUGAGAUUAAAUUAAUUGGAGAAUUGCUCUCUGAAAAUUAGGAUGAUAAUUUUGAACAAUUAAAAAAUUAUUUUUAAUCAAUAUAAAUACCUGAUUAAUUAGAAAAAUAAAGUAACUUAAAUAAUUUUCCAAAAAAGAAUUACAAAAAUCUACAAAUUUCAAAAUUGAAGGAAAAAUAUAUUUGCUCAGAAGUAAAAGCUGUUUUAAAAGAAAUGCAUAAAAAUUUUUAUAUAAUUUCAUAAAACUUAGAUUAUGAAUAUAAUGUUAACGAUUAUAAUUAAUAUAGAAGUUACAUUGAUUAAAUUGAAUACAAGAGCAAAAAUCAAAGAUUAUAGAUUUUGAAUGAAUUUAGUAAAUAAUUAACAAGUUUAAUGGAGAAAGAAGAAGUAUGGGAUAAAAUAUAUGGGGAAGCUUAUAAUUUGGUUGAAAACGAGAUGAAUGUUUAAUAAGAUGUUAAUAAAACUAAUAAUGAGUAAGUGUCAUGUUUUAAUAUGUAAAAAAUAAAUAUCAUUAUUGAGAAAUUGAAUGUAAAUUUAAUUUAAAACAAAUUUAAUACUUAAAUUUCAUAUUUUGGAGUAAUUUUAAAUAAAUUAGGAGAGAGAUGCAUAAUAUAUUUUUGUUUAUUAAUUAUUUGGAGAUUUAUAAGUUAUUUUUAAUGGUUAUCAGUAAAUAAAUAUAUAAAUGAAUUGAAUCAAAUGAAAUUAAAUCAGAAAGAGAAGACUAUUGCAUAUCUUCAAGAAAAUAAAACUGUUUUAAGUAUAAUUUCAGCAAGAGAUCUAUUUGAUACAAUUAAAUAAAAUUUUGAAUCAUAAUUUUAUAUAAAUAAAGAUGUCUAUUUUUUAUAAUAAAUUGAAGAUGAAAAUUUUAAUCCAGUUGUUAUACUAGAUUAAGAGUUUAGAAAUAAUAAUUAAGAGUUUAUUAUUAAUUAUAUAAGUGAUUAAAAAUCAUAAAUAGAAAAAUAUGUGGAUAAUAAAUUAGCUGUCUUAAAAACAAGAUUGAAUAAUGAGCUUUAAAAAGAAUUAACUCAGGAAUAUGAAGAAUUAAUUAAGAAUAUAAAAUCAAAUGCAUAAUUAUUAUAAUAAUUUCUGUAACCUAAUCUAAAUAUUGAAGAAUACUUUGAGAACACAGAAUUAGGUAAAGACUUAGAGACAAAAUUGUUUGAAAUUGUAGUUUGUUUUCUUAAGGGGGAGAAAUUUUCUGAUAAAAAAUUAAUAAAUUAUAAGUAAAGAUAUAUAUUUUAUUAAAAUGAAAUAGUAUAAGUUUAAAUUCCUUUAAAUAAUUUAUAGAAUACUAAAAUCUAAUUAUUAGAUGUUUUUGUUAAUAAGUUGAUAGAAUUAUUAGAAUAAAAUUUAUAAGUAAAACUUGAUUUAGAUCGAUUCAAUCAAUAAGAAGCAUUAUUAAAAAAACGACAAUAAUUGAUAGGGUGUGAUGUUACUUGUGAAUUUUGUAAUCGAAAAUGUGAUUUAUAGUAUUAACAUUAAUCAAAACACAAAUGUUAAUAUGGGCAUUUUUUAAUAGGUAUACAAAUAAUAUAUAAUUUAAGUGAAUAUGAAUGAAUUGGAAUAAUAAUAUUCGUGUGAUGAAUAUUUUUUGGUAAGUAAAGGAAAUAAUUUUCAAUAAUUUAAUUAAAAUUGGUCUUUAUAAAAAGAUGAAAAUAAAAAUGAAAAAAAAUAAUUAAAAUAAGAUUUGAUAAAAAUUUGGUAAUAAUAUGGAGAAAAGAUCUGUUAGAAAUUAUAAAAAAAAUACAAGAAAAUUUUAGAACAAAUUAAUCCAAAAAAAAUUCAUUAUAUUUUUAUUCUGGAUAGUUCUGGCUCCAUGUCUGAAGAUUGGACUAAUAUUAAAAUAGGAGUUAGAGACUUUAUUUCUAAAAUAAAAGAAGAUGAUUAGCAAAAUAACAGUGAAUCUAAAGUAAGUCUUAUCAUUUUUGACAAUGAAGAAAAAAUACUGAUGAAUAGUUAGAGAGCAAAGAAAAUAGAGAAUCAUGUAAAAAUGAAUUUUUUAGGUGGAGGAACAAACCUCUCUAAUCCAAUCAAGAAGGCCAUUAAAAUAAUUAAUAAAGAUAAUUUCUCUGAACUGUAAAUUUAAAUAUAUCAUAGAUAUUUAAUAUUAUUUCACACUGAUGGAAGAGCUGCUUAUCCAUAAUAAGAACUUUAAAAUUUAUUACAACUAAAUUAAGCUAAAAGAGAAAAAAUACAAUUAAUUGCCUGUACGUAGAAUGCCAAUAAUUAAAAUGAAGUGCUUAAUAAGAUGAUUAAUUUUUUUAAUGAACAUACCAAAUAAGCAAAUUUAUUCACAUUUGAUUCAGCUGAAGACUUAAUUUAAUUUUGGUCUGUCGUUAUCAAUUUUAAAUUAAAUAUAUGA